CUUGCUCCCCUUCCCGCUCGCCCACCUCCCGUGUUUCUUCUACACUUCGCGUUGUUGUCAAUCCACGGCGCGCUUAAAAAAAAGAGUUUUUGUUUUCACGUUUGCAGUGCUGCCGCUGCCCGGCAGAGCUAUGAAGAUUCGCUUACGUCGCGCCUAGCAUCCAGAGGAAUCUCCUGAACAUGGCCAAAAACAGGAUGGUUACGAAACACUGCCCCAAAUGCGAACAACAGGUGCCCGUGGCGUGCAAGAGCUGCCCGUGCGGCCACGAGUUCUUCGCGAGCCGCAAGUCGCGCGGCGUGUCCGAGCAGAGCAGCCAGCGUCCCCGGCGGCGCACCGAGCGGGUUCGCAAGGAGCGCCAGAGCUACCUGACCGCGCUGGUGCUGGAGCAGCGGGCCGCCGCGGCGCGGGCCAAGCGCGCGCGGCGCAACGGCAGUCGGCGCGGACGGCCGCCCGCAAACCGCAGCUCGUCGCACGACUCUGGAGACGAGGGCCGCAAGCUGAACCGGCCGCGCUGCGGGCCCGCCAAGCCGGCAAAGCCCGUCGAACCGGAAAUGCCGGACGAGGAGGAAGAGGACGUGUUCGCCGGCUGCAGCCAGGAACGCCUCGAGUUGUACGCCGCCAUCUUGGCCGACAUCAACCGCAAACUGAGCUCGCAGCUCUUCCACCAGCAGCUCUUAUGAUGGCCUUGAACUGCGCGGGACUUUUCUCACCACAUUGUUUGUUUAUGCCGUUUUUUUAGUUACCUCACACCGCUGUGCCGUUUCGGGACGAAGACGGAACUUGGACGCCAAACACAUAGGCCUUGCGGCGUUUGUUCGUCCUGCGUCCCACCUGUGUGCUAUACGAACUCGGUCACCCUUACCAAAUAUACUGAUCGCCGUGCCUGCAUUAGCAGUCUACGCCGCUGGGUUCGGAUGUACCUGGUGACGUCAGUGCACGCGUUGUAAGCAGGCCUCUGAUUGGGUGCCGCGUUUUUGGCAG